AUGGCUGGUGGUAGAGAUGUCUUGAAAAUAAUCUCAAUUGACGAGGAUCUAAAUAUGAAAAUUGCAAAGAAUUUACAUUCCAGACAGAAAAGUAACCUUGAUUAUGGAGCUAAAGAUAUUUAAUGGAAUCAAUUGAAUGAAAAAUAUGUGAUUACGUCAAGCUUCAAUAAUUCAAUCAAUGUCUGGGAUAUUGAGACCGGCUUACAAAUUAAAAAGCCUUUUAAGGAGCAUACAAAGCAAAAUAAGUUGUCCUGGGAUCCAUUCAACUAGACACAAUUUAUAUCUGGGUCAACAGACACGUUGAUAAAGCUCUGGGACAUCAAGAUGGAAUCAAGCGUGAUAACAAUGCAAAGAAUGAAGAGUAGAGAUGAUCAAGUUAACUUUGUGUAAUUCAAUCCAAAGAGACAGUAUUAAUUUGCAGCUGGUCAAGGUGAUGGUACUAUUGACAUUUGGGAUUUAAGAAUGACUUAAGCCCCUAAGUUCUCAUUCCAGUCACAUUUGAAAUAAGUCCUCUGUCUAGACUGGCAUCCUAACUUAGAAGACAUACUUAUGAGUGGCUCUGUAGAUAAAUAUGUUAAGAUCUGGAAUCUAAGGGAUGGUAAUUCAUCAAUAACAUCCUCAAAUACCCUUUUCCAAAUUCUUACUCCUUAGUCAAUUACAAAGUGUUAGUGGGUUCCAGGGCUUAAUUUGCAAUUAGCUUCUCUUAAUAAUAACUCAGCUGAUCAAUCAAGUGUAAACAUAUGGCAUUGUAAGAAGCCUUACCUGCAGCAGUACAUCUAUAAGUGCUAGAAAGAGUCAAUCCUAGACUUUGAAUGGCUUCAUAUUUCUUCUACAAUCAGACCUUAUGAAAGGUUAUGCACUACAGCUAUUGAUUACAACUUGCUCAAUGAAUUAGCAAUUAUAAAUGAUAGGAUUAUUUCUAGAGAUCCUGAUGUAUUUCUUAAUACACUUGAUGAAGAAUCUAAUAUUGAAGAGGUCUUAUAAAUCCAGCAGCAGUAAAAUCAGAUGUAGAGAGCUAAAAAACAGGGCGGGAAUUAGCAGACUAAGACCCUCAAAUCAGUCCAAGGUGAUUAUAAGGAAAGUAGCAAGUUUGAGGAUUUGAGAAUAUUCUCUAAACUCACCACAAGAUCUGAUGAGCCUCAUGAUGACUUCUCUUCUAACUUUGAGAGUUUAAGCUUAGAGCUUAAAUUUAGAUGCAGUGAUGAUAAACAAAAUGAUUUAGAGGAUAUUUGCCUCAGUAAUUCCCGAGUGGCGUAAUCAUAUGGAAUGAAUGAUGUUUCGCUUACUUGGCAAUCUCUGAGAGACUUAGCAACCGAACUCAAAAGUAUUAAUACUAGUAUUUAGCAAGCUGCAAGUAACAAACUUCAAUAUAUUUAAGAACAAAAGAUAAAGCGUGAGGUGGAAGCAGCUGGGGCAUAGGAGGAAAAAGAAACAUAGCAAAAAUAGAAGAAGACAAAAAAAAAGAAAAAUAAGAACAACUAAAUUGUUACAAAUACCCUUAUCCCAAAUGAUAUUGAAGGGGGUUUGAUAGAUGCCAAAUCCGCAGAAUAUAGGGUUGAUGCCAGAGGAAAGAAGAUAUUUGAGAAUGAUAAUAUAGAAGUACAGAUGUUUGAAGAAAUAGUAGAGGAAGAUGAAGAAGCUCAGUAAAAUUAAGAUGCAUUUGGGGUAGAUCUAAAAAAAUCGCCUAAUACAAUUUUAGAUGUUGCAGCACUAUAAAAUCUAAUGGGAUUUUCAGACUAAUCUCAGUAGAAUAUGAAACUUAGAAGGCAAUCAUCAUCUAGCUCAAAGAGGAAUAAGAAGAAGGAAGUCCAACCUAAUAUUUUCACCUAUCAAAAUUUAGGGCUACUUUUCAAUACUAACAAUAAUGGUGAGGCUGAUAUGAAAUUUAAUGUCGUAUUUGGAUGUACGCCUCAAAGGCAAAUUCCAUUGAGAGAAUAAGAAUACAAUCAUCACCUAAACAAAAAGAAGUAGGGAAAGUUAGCAAAGCCAGUUCAGCCAACUUAAGGCUAAAGGAAGUUCUAGAAAACAGUAGCAGACACCAUUGAGAGUUAUGCAAACAAUGGCGACAUCUAGACAUCAGCAUUUAUUUCUCUAGCAUUCUACAAUCUAUUGACUUAAGACCAAUUCAAAAAUUACCUAAGCAGAGUUAUAAUCACAUACUUAGAGCUUUUGAGAAAUCUGCAGAUGUUUGCUUAAGCCAGGGAAAUUAUUUAAUUUGGACCUAAUCUACCAAUAAUUGAUAAGAAAUAUAAAGUAAGGAUCCAUAUAUUAAUGUAUAAAUCUUAGAAAGACAAAGGGUUCGUAAUAUCGACUCUGUGUCAGUUCUGUGGGACAUCGGAGGAGUAGAGUAAUUCAACACAAUGUUCAAACCCCAAAUGUAAGAAGGUAUACUCAAGAUGCAGUAUUUGUAAUGUGCCAGUCAAGACACUCUAUGUGUGGUGUUAGGGUUGCUCUCAUGGUGGGCAUUACAAUCAUAUGCUAAAAUGGCUAAAGGAUAAUAACACUUGCCCAGCUGGGUGUGGUCACAUAUGCAAAUACUGA